CGGGUUUCUUGGUUUUGCUCUUCAAGUUCCCGCCACUGUUCUCCUUGUGUCGUCGGAAUUCCACUGUUUCUGAAUUCAUCCAACGUUUCAUUGAUCCUGCUUAUAGGGUUUAAAGAGCUGAAAAUCUCUUGUCAUGGCUGAUUUGCCAAGGGAUGAUAAUAGCAAUACGCUCCGCAUUCUUGUUGCCACAGAUUGUCAUCUGGGCUAUAUGGAAAAAGACGAGGUUCGCCGGCACGACUCAUUUCAAGCAUUUGAAGAGAUAUGCUCUAUAGCAGAGCAGAAGAAGGUGGACUUCUUGCUUCUUGGUGGUGAUCUUUUUCAUGAGAACAAGCCAUCAAGGACGACGUUAGUGAAGGCAAUUGAGAUUCUGCGUCAAUAUUGUCUUAACGAUAAACCAGUGCAAUUCCAAGUUGUCAGCGAUCAGACUAUAAACUUUGCAAAUGUGUUUGGUCAUGUAAACUAUGAAGAUCCUCAUUUUAAUGUCGGCUUGCCAGUGUUCAGUAUCCAUGGAAAUCACGAUGAUCCAGCUGGAGUGGAUAACCUUUCUGCAGUUGAUAUCCUUUCAGCAUGCAAUCUUGUAAACUAUUUUGGCAAAAUGGUGCUUGGAGGUUCGGGGGUUGGGCAGAUUACUCUCUGCCCAAUUCUUAUAAAAAAGGGUUCAACUUCUGUUGCUCUGUAUGGCCUUGGAAAUAUCAGAGAUGAACGUUUAAAUAGAAUGUUUCAGACUCCACAUGCUGUACAAUGGAUGCGUCCUGAAGCUCAAGAAAAUUGUCAAGUUUCAGAUUGGUUCAACAUUUUAGUGCUUCAUCAAAACAGAGUGAAGACAAAUCCUAAGAAUGCCAUAAAUGAGCAUUUUCUACCUCGGUUCUUGGACUUUAUAGUUUGGGGGCAUGAACAUGAAUGUCUUGUUGAUCCUCAGGAAGUUCCAGGUAUGGGUUUCCACAUUACUCAACCAGGCUCUUCGGUUGCAACAUCGCUUAUUGAUGGAGAAUCGAAGCCAAAGCAUGUACUUCUGGUAGAGAUUAAGGGAAAUCAAUAUCGGCCGACCAAGAUACUGCUACAUUCUGUACGGCCUUUCGAAUAUAAAGAGAUAGUAUUGAAGGACGAACCUGACAUUGACCCAAAUGAUCAAAAUUCAAUUCUUCAACAUCUGGACAACGUGGUAAGCAGUCUAAUAGAAAAGGGUAGCCGAAGGGAUGCUAGAAAUUCAGAGACUAUACUUCCACUUGUCCGUGUAAAGGUUGAUUAUUCUGGGUUCAUGACCAUAAAUCCUCAAAAAUUUGGCCAAAAGUAUGUGGGCAAGGUUGCAAAUCCCCAGGAUAUUCUUAUCUUUUCCAAAGCUUCAAAGAGAGCUCAGGGAGAAGCAAAAAUUAAGGACACUGAACGACUUCGACCAGAAGAAUUGAAUCAGCAAAACAUUGAAGCUUUGGUUGCAGAGAGUCAACUGAAAAUGGAGAUACUUCCCGUGAAUGAUUUAGAUGAAGCGUUACACAAUUUUGUUAACAAGGAUGACAGGAUGGCUUUCCAUUCUUGUUUGCAAUACAACCUUGAAGAAACCCGUAAAAAUAUUUCUCGGGAUCCAGAUAAUAUGACUGUUGAAGUUGAAGAUAUAAUUGUUAAAGUCGAAACUUGCUUAGAGGAGCGUGUCAAGGGAAGGUCCAAGUCUAAGGAAGAUCAACUAUUUACUUCUAGUGCUCAGUCGAUGGAGAAUAUGGUAAAUAGAACACCUGGGGGCAUUGGAAGUGCAGUUUCCUUUAGUGAUGAUGAGGAAAGCACACAAUUUGUUGGUUCAAAAUCUACUGCCAGAGGCAAAAAAGGGUCGUUGCAACAGUUUAAGUCGGCUCGUGAUGUCUCUGAAGUUGGCAAGACUUCAAGAGGAAGGGGAAGGGGACGUGGUAGGGGAUCUAGUAGUUUGAAGCAGACGACUCUUGAUACAGCCAUGAUGUUCCGUCGUUCAGAGAGAUCAGCAUCCGUUGCUGCAUCGGCUUCAGUUCAAAGUAUAGCUGCCGAUGAAGAGAAUCUAGAUUCGGCUUCAAGCGAUGAACCUGUGCAAUAUGGAAUGAACGAGCUUCAUGACAGUUCGGAUGAUAACGAGAGUAUCCAAGGUAAGGGCCGCAAAAGAGGCGCUCCUAGAGGAAGAGGUCGGGGAUCUACUCCUGCUAAGAGGGGAAGGAAAUCGGACAACUCUUCAUCCUCGAUCCAACAACUGAUGAUGAGUAAAGAUGACGAUGACGAUGAUGAUGAUGUGCCAAGGAGAAACAAGCCUCCGACUCAACCCCGGGUGACAAGGAACUAUGGUGCCUUAAGGAGAUAAGUAGUGGAUUUUCUAUGUACAAUCCAGGCAGUUUAGUCACUGAUUUAUAACAAAGGAAACAUCAUGUGUAAAAAGUCAGAAUUGCCCUUGUUUUCGACGACCGUCUUCGAUAUGGUGUUAUUUACUUCGGCUUUUACAGAUUGAGCGUAUUUGGACGGGUGACAUCUUGUGUUGCACCCCUGUUUGUUUCGUACACUUUUAACAAGCUUGAGGUGUUUACAAAGAUAACUGUACCUUUACUAUUGGCAUAGACGGACCUAGAGUAGAGCAUACGGUGGCACGUGCCAUUGUAUUAUUCCUCCGUCGAAG